GACUAUUUGGAAAUCAGAUAGAUAUCAUUAGCGAAAUUGUGUUCUAUGAACUAGCAAGUUUGAUUGCUAAGCUUUUAUUGUUUCUUUUCGUUAAUGAGUAAAUGAUUCAUCUACAAUAGGUAUAAAAUAUCUUAAAAAAGCAUCAUAAAGGUAUUGAAACUAUUUGAAAGUAAUUUUCUCUCCGUUUUAAAUCAUAUGAACGACACAACAGUAUUGACUAUCAAUAAAAUUUAACAUCACAAUACUUCACACAAAAUUAUACACCACACUUUACACCUACCUAUAUAUGAAAAUAGAUUAGCAGCAAAGCGACAUUAUAUGUUACCAUUGAUAUCAAUGUACAUGAACAACCAUCUGCAUAAAUUCGAUUGGGAAAAUAUCACAGUUCAAAUUAGUUAAAGUUUAAUCAAGCUAGAGAAAUUCUAGAGGAAUAGUAUUCAAAAUAAAUAGAGAUAGAUUCAAUCUGUAAACAAGAUAAGGAUCAGGUAAAUCAAAUGAAUGUCCAGAAGUCAACGGAAAAAGAUGGCCAACAGGAAUACAAGAACAAAUGGAGAUGAAGAAACUUUCAAAGACAACUAAUCACAAACAAGGCAAUCAGAACGAACUCGAAUAACCGAACAGAAUAAUUUCUACGUUGAUAUCGUCAGAUAAGAACCUUCGUUUAAAUUUGGUCAAAUAGUUUCACAGUAUUUGGGCGCCGGGUCAAUGUGAGACAUUAAAGAGGAAGAAUGUAUUUGUAAAAUCUCAGCAAAUGAAUUUGAAGUAGAUCCAACAUUUCGCCUGGAAAACUGGCCUAAGCUUUUUCAAGGAAAUAUAAUCAAACAUCGGUAAUAUCGUUGUUCAGAGUAACAACAAAACUUCAUCAGUUAAAUUAUUAUCACCGAAAUUAGUACAUGUAUACUUGAAGGUUACAAGAAAAAAUAACUUAGAUAGGCUAUUUCAUUACUAGAAAUCUGAACCCAUGGAUUAUAAUUUCUCAAGAAUACCUUUCUGUUCAAUCCAUAACAAAUUUUUCACUUUUGCUAAACCAUAUGAGAUGAGAUAAACUCAAGUUAAACCAGAAUAUUUUUUUCGAUAGAAUAACAUUUAGAUAAGACUAUCAUAAAUAAAGAACCUCGAAGCGAAGCUAAUGAAAGUAAGUAAAAAAAUGAAGCAAACUCUUAAAGCUAUUUUCUCUGUUCAAGGUUAUAGACAUGAUUAAAUUUCAUUGAACUUGUGAACUAGUCAAUGUUAAACCAACAUUGAAAACCUGGAAAAACGGGAUGGACAAUAGUGCAUACCUACGAUCCCACACGUGGGAUUCGAACCUAGGACCAUCGAUCUCCCGCGAACGCUACUAUCUAACAGAUGACAUCUCUCGGUAUUAAAGAACUAUUUUACCUCUGUUAGUGUGCAAUUAAUCAAUAAUCUGAGGUUUUCAAUACGACAGUGUACAACGGGUUGUUAUAUUGGUGAAAUUUUCUCAUUUUAAACACAUAUCAUCCUAUAUGAAUAAGUUUAAUAGAAUGAAUGAAAGAGUUUUCAAUAAAAUAUUACAUAAUUGUUAGCAUCCGCUUCAGUUAAAUGAUCCAUAUAGUGUUCAGGAAUGUGAAAUAAUAAUAAUAACUAUCGUCUUCUAACGACUAAUUGAAAGAAAAGAGAAAAAACAACUUUAAAUUCAAGGUUGUCUAGACUUUAAUUUUCACUAAUACAAAGUCAGUGUUGUGUUUAAUUCAUUGGAAAGUUGAUUCUAACAUAACAGUUUUGAGAGUGAUGUCUGUUCAUAUUAAAACAUCACAAGUUUAUAUAAUCUUGUAGAGUAAAAACAUUCUUUGAUUUUGUUAUCACCGAGAUAUUGCUUUUAAAAACAUUGGUUUUGAUGGAGUUUUGUUGUCUGAGCUUGAUGGUUUGGUCGUGCAGAUCGCAUCGUUCUUUUGGUUGACAUCAUCAGCACAAACUUCAGGUAGAAGUCAUCAAAAUCAUCCACCUGAGCUACAAAUCUUCUUCACAAUCUCAAAAUCAUUGGUCUCUACAAUAAGCUUUAUAUAUAUCGACUACAAACUAUCCGACAAAUUAUUUUUUUUAUUUGGUUGAGAUCAUGAACAGAUUGAUGUUAGAUCAUUAUUGAAAAUCUGGAAGCACUGAACGGCCGUUUCGUCUUAUUAUGAGACUCCUCAGCAGUGCACAUCCACGAUCCUGCACCCAAACGACUAAGACCCAGGGCCCUCAGUCGCGCGAACGCUUAAGCUACUAGACCACUUAGCCGGCAUCCAACGGUGUUAAUGUCUAACGUUAACCAAUCUACGUAAUUGCGCGUCCAUCUUUCAUUGUGCCUGUCUCUACCUGACAUGGAUUAGCUUCACUUAUCACGGCUUCUUUCUAGAAUUCCAAGAAUUCUCUCAGAAAGCUAGUCACUAAUGAGUAGAUUGUAUUUAUCAGUAUAGGGUUGUGGUGGUCUAACAUUAAUCGGUUCAUGAUCUCAAUCAAAAACUUAAUAAUCUCCACAAUCCUAUACCGAUAUUUCUUUACUACUGAAUUUAUAAAUUCUCAAACAGAGAAUAAGAAAAUCAUCUUUUUUUGUUAUGGUAAACUCAUCUUAUAAUACAAUGAUGAAGAGAAUAAGAAAUAAUUUUGUAUAAACGGCAAUUGUUACUAUUAUUUUUUGCAGGUAAGAUUUAGACACUUACAACUCACGGUAUAGAUUGGUAUUAGUUUCAAGAGAUAAUUACUGAAAAAGAUCAUCAUUUUACAAUCUUUUUGAUUGGAAAAACCUCAUUUACAGGUAUGCAUAUAAAAGAAGAACCAUUACAAUGUAUUCAUGAAGAGAUGCAAUUAAAAAUGAAUGAGCCAUCAACAAGUAGAACAGAUAUUGGUGAUUUACUCAAGUCCCGUUUAGAAGCCGCUGAAAAUGAUGAUGAUAAUAAUGAAGAUAAUUGUAAAAAUAAUGAAUCACCUUUAGAAUAUGCAUAUGAAGGAUCUGAUGAAGAACCAUUUCAACAUGUAGAAAUAUGUUCUGAAAAUAACUUGAAUAAAAAUGAAUCACAAUUGUCAUCUGUAAAUAAUCCAUCAGGUUUUGAAUAGAUAUGGACAAUUGAUAAAGAAGAUAUAAAAAAAAACAAAAGUUUUCUUUUCUUUAAUAUAUAUCAAAUACAGAUUAUCGAUUUAAUUUUCUUUUUUUUAAAAAGAAAAAAAAGAAAAAAGAAUUUCCACAUUGAUUUAUUAUUUUCUACAUUUGAUCUUAUCAAUAAUAAAUAACUUUAUAAAUUUCCGUUGUGAAUAAUGGGAACUUUUAUUUUUUUCCACCUACACCCCCCCCCUCCCAGCAAAAUGUUUAUUAUAUACAUUGUAUUAAACUGUUCUGUUUGAAUAAAUAAAAUAUAUUUUACAGUUUA